UGUAAAUAGAUGUUUCUAACUUGUUAUUUAAACGAAGAAUAAAUUAAAAAGUAAAUUAUUAUGAAAAUAAAUUAACUGCCGAAAAAAUGGGAGCUAUUUCGCAGUACGGAACAACGUUCAUUGUGCUGAUAAACACGCUGUUUGGUGUUAUAGGACUAACGUUCCUUGUCGGUGGAAGUUUAGUCAAGAUGAAACCCGACCUUAUAGACACCGUGACAAAACCGCUACUGAACAUGGCCAAAGAAAAGAUGCAUCUUCCGGAACAGUUGGACGUGGAUACAGAUUCUUUCAAAGUGUCCGAAUUUAUCGGAGGCGCUGCAAACGCUUUUAUAGCUGUGGGCGGAUCGCUCUUGGCGCUGGUAAUAUGGGCGUACAUGGGAACUUGUCUCAAGUCCAAAUGGAUGCUUAUCGUGUAUGCCGGCCUCCUUUCUGCAAUCAUCCUUGGCGAGGUCACAUUUGGGAUUAUUGUGACCAAAAACAGAUCAUUGCUCGACGAUGGCAUCAAAAAGUCCUUGAAACAAACAAUAGCCAACUUUUAUGAAGGGUCACAGAGUAAUAGUGGUAUUUCUCUCGGAUGGAACGCCCUUAUGGCAAUGCUCCACUGUUGCGGGGUAGAUGGAGCAGAAGACUUCAGGAACACGUCAAGUUGGGACCACACCAUGAACAUUACUGGCCAAAGUACCAUCUACGUGGAAGCGCCCGUUCUUUGCUGUGAAGACACUUCGACGACUCCCCCGUGUUCUGCUUAUAGCACGCCAGUUGUAAACAGGAAAUACAACGGGGGUUGUUAUGAAGCUAUAUGGGCUUUUAUAAAGGAUCAUCAAACGCUGGCAAUUGGAGUGUCAGCUGGAUUAGGCGCUUUUGAGCUGAUCCUGCUGGUCAUAACCAUUUGUGUUAUCCGAGAGCUGCCAUCGGGGAAAAAGUCGAAAGUGGGACCAAUGUAAUGUCUUCUGUUUUACGAAGGAAAAGUGCUAUGAACAGAUUUCGCUUUAUGACAUUUCCUUCUCUACAAUGUUGGGUUUUGUGCCUACAGUUCUCUUAACAUGUCUUUACAGAUAAAUAAAAUUCACAAGAA